AUGAGCUCAAACACACUCUCUGUUGUGUUAGAGAAGGAGAUUCGCCGCCUGUGUCUGAAUGACUUUCCUUGCGGAUAUGGCAGCUGGAGAAAGACAAAGAACAGUACAGAGGAAGCAGAGACAGAGGCGACAGACGCCCUCCUGGAUCUACUGAGCUGCCCUCACUCGCCAUGGAUGUGUGAUGAAUCGUGGAGCCCUCAAGCUCCGGCCCUGAGACAGCUGGCUGUGCUCACACCUGAACGCCUGCAAACUGAUUUUAUUCACAGUUACUUUACUGCAAUUCGCAUUGUGGACAGAGGCGUGUCAGUCAUCGAUGACGGCCUGUUAAAGUUCUCAAAGCUGCAGGAGUUGGUGCUGAGUGCCAACAUGAUCUCAGAAAUCCCUGCAGAAAACCUCCCCAGCAGUUUGACGAUCUUGGAGCUACGUGCCAACCGGCUGUCCACCCUAAGUAGUCUCACCAGCCAUCCGCCCCCUCGCCUACAUUACCUCAGCCUGGGCUCAAACAUUCUGGGUUCUCAUGAAGACAUCUCUCAUCUUACAGGAAGACACUGGCCACAGCUGGUGUGUCUGGACCUGAGUGACUGUGAGUUUCAGGACCAGCAGGCCUUGCUGAACGCCUUGUGCACACUCCCCUGCCUCAAGUCGCUGGUGCUGGAGGGAAACCCCUUUACUCUUGCAUCCUGCUACCCGGGCUUCACUGUGGACAGUCUCCCACAGCUGUCUUUCCUGGACGCCUCAUGGAUCUCCCCUGAGGACAGACGUCGUUUUAAGGGCUUGGCCAAGAUAAGUGACCUGAUAGUGGACCGGGCAUCCGCCACAGUGAGCGUGGGCAGAAUGAAGGGAAUCCCAGACCCGAUGAUGAGUGUGGAUGAAAACACUCCAGAGUUCCCUGUUGUCACCUACGGCUAUUUCAUCACAUAUGAGUUCGUUUGUCAUCAAACAACUGUUAGCCUGAAAUUGGACAGUGAGUCUAAAUUUGACGCAGCAGCCACAGCACAUGAGACACAAGACAGCCGAAGUGACACUGACCUACAUUCAAAGAAAAAUCGUGAGGAAGAAACGUCCAAACGAGACACACAAAACCUGACGGUGUAUACUGAGGAAACCUGCCAUGAUAUUGCACAUGUGUCAAGACACAGCACAUCAAAGCUGACGUGGUCAGAGUGCAUGGACUUCAGUGACACCCAAACCCACAUUGUAAGAGAUCUAGGAGGCUUAAAGAGAUUCCUAAAUAAAGGACUUCAUCUCAGGAUAGAGGAGGAAAAGGUCCUGUCAUGGCCUGCAGUUUCCGAAGAUGCCACAAUGACCAAACCCAGCCGAACUGUAAAAGAGAAGAAAGGCAGGAAAGGGAAGGAGUCUCCAAUCAAAUCUGGUUCCACCAAAGACAAGUCGAACAACAAAAAGAAGAAAUCUGUACCGGAGCUGAUCCAGGACACCCCCAUCAGAAGAAUCAUUGGCUCGGUCCAUGUCCCCCUGCAAAAUCUGGUCAAAAGAGGUCAAAAGGUUGAUGUCCUCUGUGACCUUGGUGCUCUGCACACAGAGUCUGAGGUGGAAGCUACACAAACACUUGAAAAGGAUCUGGGAAAGAAAGUCAAAGAAGACAAAAAGGAGGAGAAGGAAUCGAAGCCCAGAGGAGGCAGUAGUACUAGACAGAAGAAUACUGAAGCUUCAAAAGGCAAAGGGAAGGGUAGAAAGGAAUGCGCAAUGGAUGUCCUAACACAGAGCUCUGUGUCUGUCCAACUGGAACCAGUGACUGUGGAACUCAGUGUGGAGCUUGAGAAAUGGCAGUCUGCAUCUGAAGCGCAUCAACUUGUGCUCCUGCACCAGAACUCCUAA